AUGCUCGUCGUCGUGGAAGGAGAGAACAAGAAGGCCGUGGGCAAAGUCUGGGAAACUAGUACACCUUUUCGAGCUCAUCGGCGCCGGCACCCCUCAAGACCCUCCUCUUCCCCCUUCAAUUUAGCAGCAAUGGCCCAGCGUGUCACCCUCCGCAAGCGCCAGCCGUACAACACGAAGAGCAACCGCCGUCGCGUGGUGAAGACUCCCGGCGGCAUCCUCCGCUACCACCACAUCAAAAAGCUCCCCACCGCCCCCAAGUGCGGUGACUGCGGCAUCAAGCUCCCCGGCAUCGUUGCUCUCCGCCCGCGCGAGUACGCCACGGUCAGCAAGACGCGCAAGACGGUCCAGCGCGCAUAUGGCGGUUCGCGCUGCGGUGACUGCGUUCGUUCGCGCGUCGUCCGCGCAUUCCUUAUCGAGGAGGCGAAGGUCGUCAAGCGCGUGAUCAAGCAGCAGAAGGCUGGCGGCCGCGCAUAA